GGGCUCUGUACUAAUAUAAUCAAAAUACAUGCAUACAUACAUAACCAAAAUUAAAUUGUACGCUCCUCUGACGUAUAUUGUAUAUAUAUAUAUGUAUAUAUAUUUUGUAUAUCGAGAUAUUGUUGAACUAGUACACAAAACAUGUCGUUUUUGCCACAAGCCGGACGGCGAUAUUCGCGUCUGCCGACGCCGGACUCGAUGCUGAAAUUGGUGCAAGCCUCGGAGAACAGCAUGGAGGAUUCCGCUCUGGAGUUCUAUGAAAAGUGUAAUCUGACCUGGCGUGCUCAGUAUACGAAUCCCUCGCUCGCGCGCCUGAGCAUCGGCACCGAGUUUCUGCCCGCGAAGAGUGGCAAGCGACAGAAGUCGUCACAGUACACGACGAACGGCGAUACGGACUCGGAGAAUCAACAGAAUGGUUGGUCUUGUUUAAUCAAUCGCUGCCGCAUCUAAAAGCUGCCGGUCAGCGACUGAUCAGUCCAAAGGGAUCCGGCUGCUCUUUUAUAUAUCUGUGUGCCUUGUAUCACAUGACGCUCUUCAGAUCUCGCUCGCUCUCGCUCUUGUGUUCUCUCGCUCUCUUUCACUCACACUGACGUUUCUUUCUGUGAAAUAAAUGUGCAUUUCAUCGUA